GCAGCCAGAAAAAUAGAGCGACGGUCUCACAUUGAAGAACUAACGUUACUGAAUAAAGCAGAAAUAGCUACAGUUAUAGUGCACAAAUGUAACGUUAUAGUAGCCACAUGUUCAAACAGUAGUAUCUGCCUCAAAUAUAAACAUACAUAUCUAGAUAGCGACACUGGUAUCAGACCAAAAAAUCCGAAUCCCGAUAUCAUCGGCCGCCAUUGGGCAAGUGGAACACGCAGCACACAGACAGUGUGUCACUUUGAACAUAGCGGAUGAUGAUUUUUCUAACCUCCAGAUAACCUGCAGCCACACGAAAAUGACAGACUACGCCGAGGAGCAGAGAAAUGAACUAGAAGCUAUAGAGUCAAUCUACCCAGACUCUUUUACAGUGCUUUCAGAUGAUCCCGCCAGCUUCACCAUCACUGUAACAUCAGAUGCAGGGGAAAAUGAUGAAACCGUGGAAGCAACAUUAAAGUUCACAUAUGUAGAGAAAUACCCAGAUGAGCCUCCACUGUGGGAGAUCCACUGCCAGGAGAACCUGGAGGACAGUGACGUGGAGGAAGUCCUCACCUUACUGCAGCAACAGGCAGAAGAAAACCUGGGCAUGGUGAUGAUUUUCACCCUGGUGACAGCCGUUCAGGAGAAACUCAACGAAAUUGUGGAUGUGAUAAAAAACAGACGAGAAGAGGAGAAACGGCGAAAAGAGAGAGAGGCAGAGGAAGCAGAGAAGGUAGCAUUCCAGGGCACAGUGGUAACCAUUGAAAACUUCCUGGCGUGGAAAGCCAAGUUUGAGCUGGAGGUGGCCGAGCUACGGAGGAAAAGACAGAAGGAGGAGGAGCAGGCAGGAAAACCCAAACUCACUGGUAAACAGCUGUUUGAGAGAGACCACAACCUGGACACAUCUGAUAUUCAGUUCCUUGAAGACGCUGGAAACAACGUUGAAGUGGACGAGUCACUGUUCCAGGAGAUUGAGGAUUUGGACUUGGAUGAGGACGACCCAGACUUUGACCCCUUAGAGAUGGGCAGUGAUGAGGACUAAAUCAGGAGGACUGACAGGACCAUACCUGCUCUUCUCUGGAAUAUGAUCAACGGCUGCAUUUAUUUUUCAAAGACUCUCACAGCAGCUGGAGAGGAAUUCUUCAUAAAUACAAUAUACACAUCAACACCUCUAAGUGUUCAUUACUAUGCCUGAACAAUUAAAUUGACCUGAUAAUUGUCA